GAGACACAACAACAGCUGCUGAUUACUUCACCAUGCACAGUUUCUCUUUCGGCUGGUCUCUCGGUAUGAAAAUGACAGUAGAGGAUAAUUCAUUGAUGAUUCUUCUGCCUUCACAGACAGGACGGUCCCUCACAGUCUCCCUCAGGAAAUCACCUGGAGGAUGAGAACCGCGGGACAAAUACAGAUGAAAAUGAAUCAACCAGGAAUUCAAAUGAUUCGGAGAGUCUGCUGUUUCCUUUCCGGAUGUGCAUGUCACCUUCACAGAGUUCGGAUCCCACUCCUCCAGCGAUGGUAGUGAAAUGUACCCAAGUGGUUAAAGAGGAGGAGGAGGAGGAGGAGGAGGAGGGAAAGAAAGAUGAAGAGAUAGUAGUGAAAUGUACCCAAGUGGUUAAAGAGGAGGAGGAGGAGGAGGAGGAGGAGGAGGGAAAGAAAGAUGAAGGGUCCAGUCCUGAUCAACACACCGCUGGACCCUCCGUCCCACAGCAAAGCUCCACUGGUUCCCCUCCCUCUGUUGACCAAUCCAAACCCCUCAGUCCUCCUGGCUCCCCUCCCUGCACCAGCUCGUCCAGUUCCAAGGCUCCACCUGAACCCAUCUGCGUCUCCUCUCCACCGCAUCCAGUGGAGCCUCCCUCGGACCCGGAGCCCAGCAUCGACUCCCAGAGCUUCUGGAAAAGCUGCAAUGCUGCAGGAUGCACACAGGCCAUUUUCACAGAUUUCAUUAAUGAGAUGAAUGAUAUUGCCGGCAGAAUUCAGUCAGACCAGGCCAGUGAGGACGAUUGCAAUCAUGCGCUGAAAGUGAUGGCGGCUUCUGGGAAGCUGGAGGAGAUUGUGGCCAAGCAGCAGACAGAGUUACAACGGAAACAGCAGGAGCUGAUGAAGGCAGCAGCCGCCAUGCAACAUGUCUUCUUAGCACUGAGGAGAUGAGGCCGUCCUCUGACUUAAACUUUCCUUCUUUUGCAUUUACAAUUAUGAACUUUGAUAUUUUUAGAACAAAUUAUGAACUGCAUUUUAUAUAGUUUUAUUGAUUUUCCUUAAAAAAAAUUGUAUAUUUUUUUUUUUUUGUUGAUAAACCAUUUGAGGUCAGUAUAUACUAUAGUUAAACUGACCCACAAUAAUUAUUUUGAUCAUGACUGGAUUUUAAUUCUGUAUUGGGUUAUAUGUAGAUCUGUGUAUUUGUGAAUAUCUCACAACCUGGUUCCAAAAGGGACUUGUAUAUACAUCCCUCAUUUAUACAACUUAAACCAAGCUAGAUUCAAUAAUGUGGCAGUUAACAGCCGCGUUUUUAGCUUUGUUUGUGUUAAUUUUCUGUAUCUAGUUUGCACAGUUGAAUCCAGUUUUCUGGUUUGAUGGCAUGAGGGAUGAAAGAGGAAUUUGUCUUAAGUCUGGUACAAAUUUCUUCUUAAAACUGUUACAGACUUAAACUGAUAAUGAUAUUGUUAAAGUGAAAUAUGCUGGUGUGUGAACGUUUGUGCCAAUUUUGUCGGCAUUCCCUCAACUUGAACUUAACGAUAAAUAAAUAAGAUGCUAAAUA